CGUAAUAUUCCGGAAGUGGCGGAGUCAGUCAAAAUGGCGCAUGACAGUGAAUUGGAUACAACACAAGAAAUGGUAAACUAAUGUUAUCAAAUAUAACCCCAUCGUCUUGUGUCCUCAAGAUAACCUGAGCCAUGUCACAGUGUAAAGAAAGUGCAAGUGAAUUCAUUCAGAAUACAUUUAGCCCACACAUAGCUGUGCUUUGCAGUGCUGAUGCACAGUUGUUAUGCCAGAAAAAUAAUUUGACUUUUGUGCAGCUUAUCCAACCAUUUUGUCGAUUAUCCAGUGAAGUUCACAUCAGAGAUGCCAACAAUGGAACUCAUUCCAUUCACAAUCUACGCAUUAGUGCCUGUGACAUGGCUGCCCAGCCUCUUCAACAAAAUGUCAUUAAAAAGCAGCUGAAUGAUGCUGUUGCGUCUACGUAUGGUCUCACACAGGAACCUGGUGCUAAUGACAGAAUUUCUAUUGGAAAUUAUGACCUUCAGUUGAACUCAUCAAGUCCUUGGUUUGAGAACUGGAGAGAUGUGUACUUUCAAGUGUUACCUCCAUCAGACCAUGAGUAUCUCAACCACUGUCUCUCAUGCAUAUUUGUUGUUGCUUCUAGCAACGGGGAUCCACUGAGCACAUUCACGUCACUAGCCAACCAGCAGGUCACUCAGCAGCAGCAGUAUCCGAAUAAACUUCCGCGCUGGUUCUGCCAGGGUAUACUGCACUACUAUGUCUUACUUCACGACGUUGUUGAUGGGGAGCAAUCCAGAGCAGAAGCAAUCUACCAAAGCAUGAAGGCAACAUUUGGGGUGCACAUCUGUCACCUGUUGCAGAUCAAUUCCAGAUCCAAAAACACAUUGGACUCUAUGAGGACUGGAGCACCAUUACAGCCAGACCCUUGGAGUCAAUUUCUUACCAAGACUUCCCACUCACUGGAAAAUAUGGACUAUGACCAUCUGGAUGAGUCCCCAGUCUUCCCAUCCCAUCUCUCUGAGGGCAACCCAGACAAUGGUUCAAACAAUGGUCUGACUGAUUCCUUCUAUGACAACAACAUGGAAGAGUCUGGCUCUUCUGGCAUAACAUCCUCUUUCUCCUGCGACCCAUUUAGUCACCCACUGGCCUCUCCGACAACCCCACCUAGUCGUAACACACCCUCACCUGACAGUGACCCCACAGCUGCAGCCAGUGGUUAUCAAGGAGAUGGACGUCAUUCUCUGUACUCUAGUCACUACAAGAAUGCAGUUGAUCGUCCCCAGAAUAGGACACAUGGUAUGUGCCUUUCUCCGAGUGAUCACGAUCGCCUGCGUAUAUUCAUGCAUGAGUUUGUGGUCAGAGCCCUCAUCCCUUGGGCAGAAAGACAGAUGAAACUUUUGAAUGAGCAGCUGACAUCAAGAAAAGGUAUUCACAGAUCUUUUCUGAGUGCCACCAAGAAAUGGUUUGGUACUAAACCUUCUGGAGCGAUCCCUGCAUCACAGAGUACUACUAUUGUGUACACUAAAGAUGCCCCUGAACUACAACUAAGGCGUCUGGCAGAUCUUGCAUUCUUGUUUCAAAUGUAUGAGUUUGCUUAUAACACUUACCACACUGCCAAGAAAGAUUUCAACAAUGACCAGGCUUGGUUACACUUUGCUGGCGCUUUGGAAAUGGCUUGCUUAUCAAUAUUUCUUCAGGGCAACCAAAGUCAGAAACAAUAUCCACAUCAUUACAUGGAGACUGCUAUAUCUACUUAUUUAACCUCAUGCAGAAAUCUGCACUAUGCCACUAGGGCAACGCUGACCAGUACAGAGUGUCUGAAGAAGCGUGGCAUGUACAAUGAAGCAGCCACUCAGUUCCUGAAGAUGACCAGUGAGGACUCUGAUUUGACAAGUGCUCUGUUCUUGGAGCAAGCUGCACAUUGUUUCUUGGCACUUAAAGUUCCCAUGGUGAGGAAAUAUUCAUUCCACAUGAUACUGGCUGGCCACAGAUUUAACAAGGCAGGACAGAGGAAACAUUCCUUGAGAUGUUAUACUCAAGCCCUACAAGUGUACAAAGCCAAGCAUUGGUCCAUAGCAGAGGAUCACAUUCAUUUCACCAUUGGCAGACAGUCCUUCAACCUCAAGCAACUGGAGAGUGCAGCAGCAGCAUUUAAGCACCUCCUGACAGCGGAGAGCAAGCAGCCAACUUCCCAGCAAGCUGCUUUUCUCAGGGAAUAUCUUUUUGUCUAUAAGCAAUUACUGACUCAAGAAGAGAGAGACAGCAGUACCUACGGCCACCUUCCAGAGCUGCCACUUCCCCUAGUGGACAGCAAUGCUACAAAAGUUCUUCUAGCUGCAUCCCAUAAAGAAAAUGAAGAAGGCAGCAGAAAAAGUCUGGCCACAGGAAUGUGGUUUGACAGUGACGGUGAAGAUCCCCAGAAGUGGGAGAUGCUGGAGCAGAAGUUGAUCCAAGCCUCAGGCAAGUCCCUGAAGCCCAGUGCUCAGCUAUUUACAAACAGAUCAGAUAACAGAUUGAGUCCCAUAGCAUUUGUUGGAGAAUGCAUUGCCAUUGAACUUCAGGUUGAGAACCCUCUACAGGUCAUGUUGGUCUUGUCUGAUGUUUCACUACUCUGGACAUUUGUUCCCGCUCUGCAAGGACCUGAUCCACCGCAGGUCAUUUCCAAUGAGGUCACAUCUGGGGUUAAGAAUAACCUGGCAGAUGAAAUUAUCCAGACGUCUGUUAUUAAAGAAGUCAUUGUGCAGGGGAUUCAAAGUGAAUAUAUUCAACUAACUCUGACACCCAGACAACCAGGCCAGCUCAGGAUUGUUGGUUUGGCUUACAAUCUGGGUACCAGCUCCAUGGCCCAGAAUUCAUCACUGCAGCAAGAUGCCAGCCAGGGAGCUGCUAACCAGCACAAGCCCAGCUACGUCAGCAGCGUUGUUGUCAGAGGAAAGCAGAAACUUGAGCCCCAGGGUCAAAGGUUGAAUGGCACCAAAGAGGAACGCACACAGAAAUUGUAUGGGCCAGACAGACGAUUGGAUCUGGUUGUUCAGGAAGAAAUGCCUAGUUUAGAAGUUGUCUUCUGUGAUUUCCCUGAGCACCUGCUGUGUGGCGAGGUCCAGUGCAUAGAAAUCAAGUUUACUAACAUUGGCAGAAGCCCACUGACAUCCCUCAGGGUCACGUCCACUCAUCCGAGGUUCUUCACAUUUGGCAGCAGCGCCGAACUGCCCAAGUACCCGUACACCUUUCAGAUGCGGGCCUCGCAGUGCAGCUCUAUCAGCUCAACGCUGACCAGCACUCUGCCUGGGAAGGAUGAAUUUCUUUCUUUGCCCGAUGUGCUGGACAUUCCUAUUGUCAAUGGGGUUCUGAACCCUGGCGAGUCAGUGUCACUUCCCAUGUGGCUGAGAGGGGAUGAUAUAGGUGGCAUCCAUGAAGUAGAUUUUUUGUUUUACUACGAGCCAGUCAAACCCACAUCCACUGUCAGGCACAGAGUCAUACGACACAGGGCUUCAUUGAACACAGUCGAAUCAUUGAGUGUUAGAGCAACUGUAUCUCGUCCCGGAGCUCGGGUGACAUCUAUCAGGGGUCAGGAACUCAACUCCUGCAUAUUUGCUUGUGAAUUGGAGAACUUGAGUCAGGUUCAAGUACAACGUCCUCAUGUGCAGGAGUUGCAGAUCACUCAAGUUUCAUGUGUUAGCCCAAACUGGACAUUGGUCAGUCUAGGAGCUAAACACCACUCUGGUGUGCGUUUAGGCAGUCGAGAAACACUUCAGUUGGUCUUGAAAGGACUAAGGCAAGAACAAGAAGAAGGUUGUAAGAACUUAGUCUUCAGUGAAGUUGCUUUUGACAAGGAUCAAGUCAAUACCUCAUGCAGCCCUUGCUCAGAUUUCUUUGUCCGCAGCUGGCUUUGUCACCAGGCCAUCACAGGGAACACGCCACCCGAGAGAGAGGACUGGUCAGACUGUGCGUUGAAGAAAUCAGCAGCAGAAUCAACAGCAGCAUUGGAUGCCGCUAUCCUGGUCAAAUUGACUCUGGUGUUUUUAUGGAAAGCGUAUGUGGUUCAAGAAAGUGGCCAGAUGAAGAUAGUUGUGGGCCAGCACCACGUUCAUGUGGAUCGGCUAAACACUGUGGCUAUUUCCUACCCUAUACCUCUGGUCCCCGUCACCAAGCCGAUUCUCAAGUUUAUCAAAGGUUCCGAGCUGGAAGAGAGCCCGGCACCGAACCCAGAAGUGACCACAAGGCUGGUUUCAUAUUCAUACACGCACCCACACCAGAAAGACCAUCCAUUUGCAAAAGGUAUGUGCGUGGUACCAGUUGGACUGACGGUCCAGAACCACACUGAGAAAGAAGUCCGAGUCAUGAUAGACACGAGUAAAUCCCCAGACAGUCUGAGCUCCUGUAUUAAUCCAACCGAUGUGCUCAGCUCACCUUCCACGCACGCAGUGAGAUGGAUAGGACUGACCCAGUCCACCUUGACCCUGGGAAAAGGGCAGAGCACCCAGUUGGCUUUGAAGGCUGGGGUGACCCGACCUGGCACUUUCAAUCUCAAUAACCUAUCAGUGUUUGUGACAUUUAGUGCUGACCAAUCGCAGAUGAUCUUACAGAAGCAUGUGACCCCCAGCAUCAUCACGCUUGCGGAUAUUUCAUGAGCAACACAUAACUGACUAGCAGUGACAUUCAAACUAGGCUGUGAUCAUAGGACUAAUUGCGUGACCCAGAGACACUUUUUUAGCUGACUUUUGUUUUAAUACCUAUAGUGACUAUAGUCAAUACAUCUUUCCAUUGUAGGGAAGAUUGUGUGUUACAUGGCAAGGUUUUGAAAUUAUUAUUAUUUUUGUGGCAAAAAUUGACCAAUAGUUUUGAAUAACUUAAAAAACAAAAAAAAAAGCCAAUAAACAAUUCAAGUUUAUAGUGAGUGUAUUGGUGUGAGUGUGUUGUUGGGAGUGUGUUCAUGUGUGUGUGUGUGUGUUGAUAGUCUUGAUCACGACUUCAUUCAGUGUGUGUGUAUAGUGAUUUAAAAUGUGCCAAGUUUUUUUUGUGAAACUAGAGCCAAUUAUGUUGAAGUUGGAUUUGUUUGUUUCUUCUGUAGACACAGACACCUAAAGAUUUGUUUCUACAUGCUAUGUAUAGUUCCAUUUUAUAUGGUUCAAGUAUGGAUAUUAAUUUCAAAGAUAAAGGAUGAUUGCAGUAUUUCAUGCGACCAAGCCAACCCAGUUGCGACCUGUAUAUUUUACCACAUC